AUGUCGGAUAAAGAUGACAUUGAGACUCCAGUAAUAACUGAAGCAGCUUCCUUUCUUGAGGAUGACAGCUCUGAGACAGCAAAGAAUUCUGAGUCUGCUGACCUAAGUACCAAGCCAGAGAAUAAAGAGGAACCUAUAGUUUCCACUAGGAAAAGGCCUGAGACCAGAUCUUCCAAUAACCUUGAGACUGCGGAAGUUCUCUCUGAUCAGACAUCACAAGCUGCAAGCAAAGAGUCAGUUUCCAAAGUGGUACCCCAGACUGGGUGGGGUUACUGGGGCAGCUGGGGCAAGUCCUUACUCUCUUCAGCCUCAGCUACAGUAGCCACAGUAGGGCAAAGCAUUUCAGAUGUCAUUGAGAAGGCAGAGACUUCCCUUGGAAUCCCAAGUCCCAGUGAAAUUUCAACUCAAGUCCAGUAUGCAUCAGAAAUGCAUGGGAAAAGUGUCAUCAGUGGGGGUUUGGAUGCCUUAGAAUUCAUUGGGAAAAAGACAAUGGAUGUAAUAGCAGAAGGAGAUCCUGGAUUUAAAAAAACCAAGGGCCUAAUGCACCGAAAUUCUACAUUGUCUCAGGUUUUAAGAGAGGCAAAGGAGAAAGAAGAGCUGGGGACCUCCAAUGAGGUUACCAUGGAAAUGGAAAAGAAAACUCAUUAUGGACUUCUCUUUGAUGAAUUUCAAGGCCUUUCUCAUCUAGAAGCUCUGGAGAUGCUUUCCCGAGAAAGUGAAAUAAAGGUGAAAUCUAUUCUUAAUUCUCUAAGUGGAGAAGAAUUAGAGACUCUGAAACUGGAACUUGAGCAACUCAAAGAACCAUUUUCCCUAGCAGAGUUCUGUGAAGAAGAAGAAGAAGAGAAAAAAGGGGAUGAAGACUUUACUAAAGAAAUUACAGAGUUGUUUUCCCAGCUGCACAUCUCUUCUAAGCCUGAGAAACUGACCAGAGCAAGAAAUUCAGCCUAUGAAUGGAUUGAGACAUCUCUGAACAAGCCUUUGGCAGAGAAAGAAGAAGGGGAAGAAUAUUUGGAAAUACAAAAUACUGAAAAUGCCAAUAAAAGUUCAAUAGAGGAUAUCCAUGCAUUUGCAAUUCGGAGCCUAGCAGAAUUGACUGCCUGCGCGAUUGAACUGUUCCACAAAACAGCAGCUUUGGUUCUGCACAGUCAGAAGCAGGAAGUGACAGCCUUAGGAAGGAGCAGAGCCCUUUCUCAGAUGACCGUUGUGCUGUGUAAAGAGUUAUCUGCUCUGUCUAAAGAGUUCACCACCUGCCUGACAACUGCUGGGGUUAAAGAAAAGGCGGAUGUCCUUAACCCAUUAAUCACGGCGGUAUUUCUAGAGGCAUCAAACAGUGCUUCUUACAUUCAGGAUGCCUUUCAGCUGCUCUUACCCGUGCUGGAAAUCUCUCUCAUUGAGGGCAAGACUGAAUCACACAGGCAUGAGCUGCAGAUCCAGUGGUCUUUGUUGGAACACUGA